ACACAAUCUUCUGCCAUGAAGUUGCUGUUCAAAUUACAGAGGCUAAAACUCUUGUGGACUCUGAAGCUUCCUAAUAGGACUUUCCAUGGACAUCCCAGGCUGCUUUCCUCUGAUGUAUAUUCCCAAUAUGAGUCCAUCAGACAAGGCAAACAGGAGAUACCAAAGUACUUUAACUUUGCAAGUGAUGUACUGGAUAAAUGGUCUGAGAUUGAAAAGGCUGGAAAGAGACCAUCAAACCCUGCUUUCUGGUGGAUAAAUGGCAAAGGAGAAGAAGUGAAGUGGAGCUUUGAGGAGCUGGGGUUCCUGUCUCGGAAAGUGGCCAAUGUGCUGACCAAAGAAUGCGGACUGCAGAAGGGAGACAGGCUGAUCCUCAUCCUACCACGAAUUCCAGAAUGGUGGUUGGUCAAGGUGGCUUGUAUGCGAGCAGGAAUUGUCAUAAUCCCUGGAACAUCCCAAUUAUCAGCCAAAGACAUACUGUACCGACUCCAGGCAUCGAAGGCCACGUGCAUCAUUACCACUGACAAACUGGCACCUGCAGUGGACUCGGUGGUGUCCCAGUGCCAGUUCCUGAAAACCAAGCUAAUCGUGUCCAAAGGCAGCAGGGAGGGGUGGCUGAACUUCACGGAGCUGUACCAAAAGCAAUCUGCUGACCAUUCCUGUAUCAAAACAAGGAUUCAAGACCCAAUGAUUAUCUUCUUUACCAGUGGAACUACAGGUUCUCCAAAGAUGACUCAACAUUCCCAGGGCAGUCUUGGUUUCAGACCCCUUUUAAGUGAAAGGUACUGGUUGGAUUUGACUCCCUCUGGCAUGAUAUGGAACACAGCAGACACAGGAUGGAUACUAACUUCAAUAGCAUCUUUUUUUGAUCCCUGGGUUUUCGGAUCAUGCAUCUUUAUACAUAACCUACCACAGACUGACUCAGCAGUCAUCCUAAAUACUCUCUGCAGAUUCCCAGUUGACGCCCUGGUCGGUGCUCCAACAUUGUUCCGCAUGCUGGUGCAAAAUGAUCUCUCCAAAUACAAAUUCAUGAACCUGAAAUACUGCAUGAGUGGAGGGGAACCGCUCAACCCAGAAGUCAUGGAGAAGUGGAAGAGCCAGACUGGGCUGGACAUCCAUGAAGUAUAUGGCCAGACUGAAGUGGGAAUAAUCUGCUCUGUUUUUAAAGGAAUGAAGAUUAAACCUGGAUCAAUGGGGAAAGCAGCUCCCCUUUAUGAUGUUCAGAUUGUAGACAAAAAUGCCAAUAUCCUGCCUCCAGGACAACAGGGGGAAAUUGCUGUCAGAAGCAAACCUAUAAGGCCACUUGGUUUUUUCUCUGAAUAUUUAGAUAACCCUAAGAAAACUGCAGAAAGUGAACGUGGGGAUUUUUAUGUCACUGGAGACAAAGCGACUAUGGAUGAAGAAGGAUAUUUCCAGUUUAUUGGCAGAGAUGAUGACAUCAUCAUUUCUUCAGGGUAUCGCAUCGGGCCGUUUGAAGUAGAGAGUGCCCUGAUAGAGCACCCAGCUGUGGUAGAAACAGCUGUUGUCAGCAGCCCAGACCCCCUGAGAGGAGAGGUCGUGAAAGCAUUUGUGGUUCUGUCCCCAACCUUUUUAUCCACUGACCCGACAAGCUUAAUUCGUGACUUGCAAGACCAUGUCAAGAAAACUACUGCUCCAUAUAAAUACCCUAGAAAGGUGGAAUUUGUCAAAGAGCUGCCAAAGACAGUCACUGGGAAGAUCAAGAGGAAUGAAUUAAGAGACAAAGAGUGGGGACGGCUAUAG